AUGCAGUCUCCUGGAAAAUCUCUGAAAGAAGCUCUGGUCUGUGCUCAGACUGAGGAUCGACUCACUGUUGGAGUCUACGAGAGCGCUAAAAUUAUGACUGAAGACCCGGACAGUGUGUCUUUCUGCGUCCUGGCCAUGGACGAGGAGUUCGAGUGUGACAUCGCUCUGCAGAUCCACUUCACCCUCAUCCAGUCCUUCUGCUUUGACAACGACAUCAGCAUCGUCAGAGUGAGCGACAUGCAGCGUCUGGCUGAGAUUGUUGGCGACAAGACAGAGCAGCUUGAAGACGCCCACUGCGUCCUCAUCACGAACCCAGCUGACGGGUCUUGGGAGGACCCUGCUCUGGAGAAGCUGCACCUGUUUUGUGAGGAGAGCCGCCGUCUGAACGACUGGGUUCCUGAGAUCAGCCUCCCCGAGCGCUGAUCCGGGACUCGGCUCCUCUCUUGCUCAGAUGCUGUGAAGCUUCUUAU